CACCGAUUCCGAUUGGAGGAAGGGGUGGACCAGGCCGAACCGGGCAAUGUCUUUUUCACGAGGGACUCCAGAGCUGCUCUGCAUCAACCGGCACACCGUAACUCACUACACCAAUACCGGCUGAACAUAAAGCACUGGUUGAAGUGGAAACACUUACCACCUAGAUUGCGAGCUACGAAACCCGUUCCGUCGCCUUCACUGCCAUAGUUGGCAUCCAUACAGGCGGGGAUCAAUCAUCAUCAACGUCGCUUCUCACAAGCUGAGACAACAUCUUCUCACACCACUACCUAAGGUACUACCAGUCUACCACUUUGGGUAUUCACAUCACAAUGUCAGAAGCAGCAACACAGACAGUUGUCCCCCUUCACCCGCCAUCUUCAUCCCCUUCCUCAUCUUCACCCUUUGCAAAUCCCCUUCCCGCGCUGCUACACACCCCCUCGGGCCUGGCCCUCUUGGAGCUACAAGGCACAAUCAACCUACCUCCGAGCGUCCUCCACGAACCCAGCUCAGAGUCAGAUGAUGCAAGUGAGGCGCCGCCGGUUCCCAUCGGCCGCCUCCACUUCCCGGAAUACCACCCGGGCACCAAAGACGACACGGCCUGGAUGAAGAGGGUGUGGAUGUACGUGGGGAACCAUCAGCGGAUGUUGGGGGAGGUGAAGAAGCUGCCGAGGGCGCUCGCUGUGUUGCGAAGGAGGAGUGACCCGCGGGUCGUGGAAGGGGAGGGAGAGAAGAAGGAGGAGGAGCUGGAGGUGGUGGAGGUGGUGAAAUACAAGAUUGUGUUUUCGUCUCGACCCGAGCCGGUUGGUGGCGGGGUUAGUUGAAGCAGUGUUCAUGAAAGCUUUUGGAAGGGUGAAGACGGUGUGAAGACUCGAGUGGCUCCUGGGUGGGAAUGGGUCAGCCCGAUGGCUACGGAGGAGGGACUGCACAUGCGGGAAAAAGUGGAUUGUGGCCGGGCAU